AAUUUGCAUUGAGAUCAACCAUCGACGUUUAAAAACAUUUCGAACACGCGGAUCAAUUUCGAAUGUUUUUUUGUUAAACGUUCGAUAUUUCGAAUGUUUUGCACACACACCUGGGUCAUCAAAUGAUAAUUUUGAAGCUCUGUUGUUUAAAAAGCUUUGGUGUCCAAAAUUUUUUGUUUCAAUUCAUUCCUGGGUGACCAAACAUUGUUCAUUUAUUGUUUCUGUGUGUGUGUGAAAUAGUUUCUUCUUUUUAUCAAACCAAACAUAGAAAAACUUUGCACAAAAAAAUGUUGAAAUUUUUCCUAUUGAUUUCACUGUGUUUGACAUCAAUGGUCAACAGUUUACCAACAACAACAACGAUAACUAGUGAUGGUCAUCAUGAUCAUAAUGAAAAUAAUGAUUAUGAUGAAAAUCAGGAACAAGAUCCAGAAACUUAUCUUUGGAAUAUGGCAACAGCAACGGCAUCUGAUGAUGGUGGUGGUGGUAUACAAUCAUUUACCGAUGAUGAAUUGGAAGAAAUACUUAACAGUAUGCAAUUACCUGCUAAUUAUUCUGCAUUUGAUUUUGGUGGUGGUUUAACAUCAACAACCAACAACAGCAACGAUAAGAUUUCCAAAAAUUCAACAAAAGAACAACAUGGAUUUGUAAUCAUAUGGCGUAAUCCUUAUGUAUUUGCCAAUAACAACAACAAUAGCGAAUCAACGAUAUUGGGUCGUAAUGGUGGUGGUGGUGGUGGUGAAGAUGAUGAAGAUGAUGAUCAUCCACGACCACCACAUCGACAUGAAUUUGAUGAAAUGGAACAACGUGAUUUUUUACGUACAGUUAUAUUUCUUGCUAAUCAACAGAUGCGUAUAAAAUUUCAUUUAUGUGAAAUGAGAAGAUUUCGUAGUCAUUUUGUACGACGUUGGAAUCUGUAUCGUUGUUCAGCUAGAUUUACUGUUGCACGUUUAGGUAAAAAUUGUGAUCCGAAUAAAACCUAUGAUGGUUAUGUUAAUUUUAUUGUACAAAAUCCUGAAUUACCACCAUUAUUAGCAAUACGUUAUUAUGUAUUUCAAUUUUUAUAUGAAUCAUCAAUGACAUUGGUUAAUAAAAUGAAUGAUCAUCAUGUUUCAUUAGCAUCGAUACCAAAUCAAUUACAACAACAACAACAACAACAAUUACAACAGCAUCAACAUCAAUUACAAUUACAACAUCAACAAUCAAAUGAUGGUGAAGAAAUUGUUAUGAUGCAUCAACCAUCAUCAUCGGAUAUUGAUCAUUUGUAAAAAAUAUAUAUCAUUUAUCAACCAAUAAUUAUUGCACAUCACACACCAGCAUAUACAUCAUCCAAAUGAUUUAAUUGAAUUGAAUUUUUGUUUUUGUUUUUUGUUUUUGAUCAUCAUCAUCAUCAAUAUCAUCAUUAUUAUUAUUAUUAUUAUAUUUUGAUCCUA